AUGGAAGUCACGUCGGAUGUCCAAACCAGGAAACUACCGUUUGUCUACCGGUUCAUUACUAAUUGGCUUGUCACAGACCCAAACAUCAUCGACAAAUAUGAACUCUACGACAAAGAAAACCAACCGAAGAAAAACUACCAGGCGCUGCGUCAUCAAAAUGUCCCAUACAUAUAUUUGCUCGGUGGAAGAUGGCGUACAAUCCGAAGGAAACCUAUAAAUGUCAUGAGUAUCAUAAUAUUGAUUGUACCCAUGGUGCUCUUUCUAGUGUUUGAUGCCAAAUGGACAUGGAGACACGUGAGUCCGUCUUUGGUAAUCUUAUUUGUCUAUUUUUGGCUAUUGUCGAUGUCGUUCUUUAUCACGGCAGCCGUGGCAGACCCGGGCAUCGUUCCUCGAAAUAUUCACCUACCUUCGAAGAUUACCCACUCGCAAAUAGCCCAGGCUCCAGAAGAAUACUUUUACACCGUGACUUUGCCGUACCAUUAUGGAAACGAUGGAGUGACAGUAAAAUACUGUUCAACAUGCCAUAUAUGGCGGCCUCCACGAACUAGUCAUUGCUCGGUGUGUAAUUGUUGUAUAAUCAACCAUGACCACCAUUGCGUAUUUUUGAACAAUUGUGUGGGCUGGCGCACCUACAAGUACUUUUUGUGGUUCCUAUUGACAUCUGUAACAGCGGCUGGAUUGUUGAUAGUGAUCUCGUUUGUAGAGGUGUUCCAUUAUAGACUUGUAGACAAUUCUUCUGUGCAUAGUUUUCACCAGUCUAUCAGGGAACACCCCGUUAGUCUCUUGCUAGCUAUUUAUGGCUGCCUCAGUGUGGUAUACCCAUUGCUUCUUUUGGUAUUUCACUUGUUUCUCACAUCAAAUAACAUCACCACCAGAGAGUACUUGAACUAUGUUCAUAAACACCCGAGUCUGGACUAUAUCAAUGUAUACGACUCCCACUCUGUCAUAAGGAACCUUUAUAUUAAUUGGUGGGGAAGGGCACUGUCGGUAACGCUAGUAAAGCAAUCAGACACAUACCAGCCGGGUGACAUACGAUUUGAACGGGUGCAGCCGUUGCUGUCAUUCAAUGCAUAG